AUGCGGCGUCUACAGCUGCUGGCCACCAUAACCGUAGUUCUGACGGUGCUUGUGACCCAAUAUGCCCUCUGGGUCUACCUGAACAAGAACCGCCACGAGUCAACGACGCUAUCUCAGUCAACACCAAAGAAAGAAUCGCCAGGAAAGCUUAUUAGACAGACUCAGGUGCCUACAACGACAACGACUGCAAGAACCACGAGAACCACAACAACUACAACAACCACAACAACAACAACAAGAACAACUGCAUCCACUACGACUACAACAAUCACGACAAAAAGACCACCGAGGAAUACCACCUGGAGGUCCUUUUACAACCGCGCGAGACCCGAUGGAAGGCCAGAUCUUCCAAGAAUCCUGUUCUAGACAACUAUUUAUGGUGACUGGUAUUCGGGCCUCACGGAGAAAGGCGUCGCGGAACUUGAAUACAAAGGAUGUUCCCAUCGCUGCUACAUCGCCAACGACCGGCGUAUGCUAAGCGUAAGCGACGCCGUUGUCUUCUACGGCCCUGACACCGAUCCCGAACAUAUGCCAGGAGAGAGGGCCCCUUUCCAAAAGUGGGUCUACUGGUCUCUCGAACCUCCGUGGCACACUCCCGUGGCCUUGCUCAAGGAUCUCAACAAUACUAUCAACUGGACCAUGACUUACAGGUUUGACUCGGACGUCCUGAACAACUAUGCCACAAUCACAGAACUCAUGCCAGCUAAACCAUACUCCAAGGAGUCCCUCAAGAACGUCUGGAAGGGCAAGUCCAAGACGGCCGUGUGGGCGGCCAGCAAAUGCAAGACGUUCGGAAAGCGAGAGAACUACAUAGAAGAGUUGCAGAAGCACCUCUACGUCGACGUGUACGGCAAGUGUGGUGAAAAUGUAUGUCCUCUGAAAAAGGCGUCAAGCUGUUACCAGAUGUUCGCGAAAAACUAUUUCUUCUACUUGUCGUUCGAGAACUGCAUCUGCAAGGACUACGCCACCGAGAAACUAUUCAAGCCGCUGAUGCACGACAUUAUCCCGGUCGUAUAUGGCGGGGCAAACUACAGCCACGUCGCGCCGCCUGGAUCAUACAUAGACGCCCUCAGCUUCGAGUCGCCGAUGCACUUGGCUCGCCACCUUAAGAAAGUUGCCAGGGACUUCAACUUGUACAAGAGCUACUUCGAAUGGAAGGGCAGGUACAACAUUGAUCCUUUCGCUACAUACGAAUUCUGCACCUUGUGCCGGAAGCUGCACAGCGAAGACUUCAAGAAGACUUCUGUAGUACCGGACAUCUACCACUGGUGGAACACGACGUCCUACUGUCGGGCUUGGAACAGGGACACUAAGAAGUUUGAAUAUUGA